AUGACCCUAGCCUACGACAGCGCCAUCAGCAUCCUAGGGGUGCAGAUCGACCACCGCCUCACCUUCACAGACCACGUUCGGCCAGUAAUGGAGUACUGUCCCUUGGUGUGGUCCUGCUGUCCUCCAUCAUACCUGCGACUGCUAGACAGGGUCCAAAUUCGAGCCCAGAGACUAGUGUCACACAAAACGCUGGUAGGGGAGCGACAGUUACACUUUCAGCCUCUUCAGCAUCGGCGAGAAGUUGCUGCUCUCUGUGUAUUCUACAAAGUACACAGGCUACGCGUCUCCCAUCUUACAUCUCUGCGACUUGAACCACGAGCGGCUGCAGCCUACGAAACACGGCAUUCAAGCAACCGCGGUCAAGAGCUGCAGGUACCCUUCUCCAGGACCGAACUUAAUCAGCGCUCAUUUCAACCAAGAUAUUCCAGGCUCUGGAACACGAUGGUUCAGCAAACAUCUCUGUACAACCUGUCCAGCCUGCAAGCUUUCAAGGCUGCUGUUCACAGAUGGAGGUCCCACGAUCCUGGUUAA